AUGGAAAAGCUCUACUACAUACUGAUUCCGUCUCAACCCCAAACCUGUACGGUAUUCGAUUCCCCAUUUUUUGUCAAAACUUUUUUGAAGAGUCGUGUAAUGAUUUUCGUACCCUCUACAGUUAUUUUCUAGUGAUUCUGUUCGUAAUCACAAAAAAGUUAGUUCGAUAGCUCCUUUUCCUAUUAUGUUACCAGAACCCAAAAAUCAACAAAUUUUUUUGGAAAAGACUGUAGAAGGCUUGAUAAUAAUUAGACAACUCCUCGAAAAAACUAUGACAAAAAAUUGAUAGUGUACAUCUUACUAUAUAUGCCUCUGAAAAUAUCGCAAUCUUCAACUUUUUACUCUAGACAUUCAGGACGAUCUGAUAGCCGCCGAAGAAAACCCUGACGCCUUCAAGGCUGCCUUGAUGUCUCUGAAAGCUGGAAUCGAAGCUUUUAUCCUGACGGCUUCUGUUGAUGAUCAGGUGGCGUGGAGGGUCUACGAAAGGAAUGCCAUGGACCUUUCCGACGAUCGGGCAGCCAAUUUUCUGAAAAAAUAA